CACUCCACGCUGACUAACUCUCCGGGGGGCCCCGAUAGUAGCAAGAAAAGUUUCGCAAUGGCUACAGGAGGAUUAAGAGGAGCGGCGAGCUCUUCAUUCUUAUCACCGAUCAAAGCCUACGCUGUGCCUCUCUUUCUCUUCGCCCUCGCUAUUUUCUAUCAGCUCGUUGUUCUUCCUCGCUCUUUUCCUCCUUCUCACUACGAUGUUUUGGGCAUUAAAAGUUAUAGUUCCAUUGAAGAAGUGAAAAAUGCUUACGAGAAACUGUCUUCCAAGUGGAAUUCAGGCAUCGAGGUUCCUACUGCUGCUAAUUUUUUAGAGAUUCAAUAUGCUUACGAGUUGUUGACGAAUCCUUUGUGGAAAAGGGACUACGACAUUUUUGGCAUUGAUGAGCAACUUCUUGCUCUUGACAAGUUCAAAGAGCAAUAUGCUGGGGAAAGCUUUUCACGCAUUGGACUUCCCUUACUAGAAGCUACAUAUUCUGAUCCUGGAGAUCAUGCUCUUACUGUUGUUACAUCUGAGAACUUCGGGUCUAUGUUUACUAAUUCUAAGACAUGGCUCAUUGAGAUAUAUUCAGAUGGGAGCAGCCGCAGUGCUCAAUUCUUUAAUUCUUGGAAAGAAAUCACUUCUUUAUUGGAAGGGGUUGCAAACACUGGUAUGGUGGAACUUGGCGAUGUGCAACUUACAACGUCCCUUGCUGAGAGAAAACCAACAGGGCAUUUCUUCUUUAGGAAUGGGCUUCCUUCACUAGUGGCUUUUCCACCGGGGUGUAGAACUUCAGAUUGUCUUAUUAGGUAUGAGGGAGAUCUCUCGAUCGAUGCUGUUACUGAUUGGACUGCAACUGUCAUACUUGGUUUACCUCGCAUUUUGUAUUAUUCCAAGGAGUCACUGGGGAAGAAUUUUCUGGCAAAAUGUGGUCCACACAAGGUAAAAGUCAUUUUCUUCUCAAAAACAGGAGUGCGUGCUACUCCAUUUGUACGUCAAACUGCAAAAAAUUAUUGGGCUUAUGCCUGUUUUGCAUUUGUGCUAUGGCGAGAGGAGGAUUUCUCCUUGUGGUGGAAUACGUUUGAGGUGGAAUCUGCCCCUGCUAUUGUAUUCCUGAAAGAUCCAGGUGUUAAACCUGUCAUUUUCCAUGGAUCAUUCAACACUUCAUGGUUUGCAGAUGUCAUGGAAAAAAAUAAACAGCAAGAACUUCCACAGUUAAGGAGUGUUAAUUCAAUGGAGCUUGGUUGUGAUGCCCGAGGCUAUUCUCGUAAUGGAGUCAAUACCAUAUCAUGGUAUUGUGUUAUUCUAGCAGGAAGACUGGGCUCAGAACUCAACAAGAUGCGUGAAACCAUGCGCAGGGUACAAGAACUAUUAUCAAAUGAUGGAGAGUUGAGUGAUGUUGAUAAAGAUCAAUCUUUACUGUUGUCAACUGCACUGAAAAACAGGCGAUUGACAUUUGCUUGGCUUGAUGGAGAAGCUCAACAAAAAUAUUGUUUCUUCUACCUUCAUUCAGAAACCAGCUAUGAUACCUGUGGACCAAGGAGGGAUCUGACUGAUGUACCUAGGUUAUUUAUUGUACGUUACAAAAGGAAUGCUACUCAAGAUAAUGUCAGGAUUAGGAAAAAUGUAUUUGAAUACGAGGAAGCAGAUCCUGCAUCACAGCUUGUGGCAAGGUACAAUGGUUCAGAUAAAAUUCCACAGAUCAUUCAAUGGAUCUCGGGAACAAUUAGGGAUGGCGAAACCAGGGACCUCCCCUUCUUUAAAACAAAAACUCCUGACCUUGUUCCUGAAGACACAGAUCCUAUCUGGUCAAAAGGUGUCCAAAGCAUUCUAUCCAGAAGUGUGGGAAUCAAGCACAUUCUCCUUAAAGUAAUAGGCAAAACUUAUGAUCACAUGGGAGAUCCAAGGAUUGGCCCAAUAUUACUUUUGGCAGCAUUAAUGUCUUUUGGUACUAUGUGGCUGAUGAGAAAUCAACAAACUCGUCAGAGUCAAUUAAGUCAACCAAGUCAAUCAAAUGUGAAGGAUGAAAUUAUGCAAAAACGUAGAGAGAGGAGAAGGAAUGCAUCCAAUGGGGAUAUGCCUCCUUCCAUAACAGAUAUGGAACCAAAAGAUGCUUACCAGAUGCCGAUGUCAGAUUCAGAUUCUGAUUAGUCGGUGCUGGAUUGAUUUUGCGAAAUCAGGUAGUUCUGAAGCUUGAAUUGGCGACAAAUAGCCGUUAUAAAAAUUGAAAAAUUGAUAUUGUUAGCAAUGAAGCUAGGUUGAAUAGUUUAAAUAGGUGUUUUUUCCUUCCCUUUUUUUUUUUAGAGAGCACAAACAAGACAAAAACAGCAAGCUGAAUAGGAUUGAUUAUUCCUCACUGCUGAAGUGAACUUUGUCAAUGAUAUCAUCACCAAGAAUUACUGAUGA